AGUAUUAUUUGCAAUGAGUUAUAGCAAACGUGCAUAUAAAAUUAAUGAAACAUUCAAAUUUAUAUUUAGUGUGCAUAUGUUUUCUUUUCAAUUCUUUUCGUUUUAUUUUUAAAAUAAAUAUACAAUAUGGCAAGCAAAGAUAAAACCAAGCUGGAGAAGACACCAGGAGCAGAUUUGGGAAAGCAUUACGAACGACAUGUGUUUGCACUAAUUACAUUGAAAUGUCUGUUGCAUUCUGGUAUCAAGAACUUCUGGAUUGCUUCAAAUUUAGCGAUUUUGGGCGUAUACGAUGAUAUUAUAAUAAAUAUAACAUACCAAGAUGGUAAAAAAGAGCUAUUUUUAAUACAAGUUAAAACAAUAGAAAAGCCCGAUCGUCCUAUAGUUGCCGAGAGCUUUCUUUCCAAAGAUAAAGAAUGUGGAACGCUGCUGAAAAAAUUUGAGAAGGAUUAUUUGAACAUUACGACAAGUGAAAAAAUUAAAUCUCUUAUCGACUAUACCGAAAACAGUAGAAUAUUUUUUAUUCAUCUGAAUAAUUAUCAACUUGAACUAGCUCAAAAAAUAGAAAAGCUAGAGUUUGAGAAGCGAAAUAUUGAAGAUUUUAGAGAUUUUAUAACAAGUGUAAAUUCUGAAUUAUUUUCUGUCUUUAAAUUGAUUGAUAAAACUGGUGAAUUUGAUGAACAAUUCUUAAGCAGCUUUUACUUGUAUCCAUAUCAAGUAGAAGUAGGUUGUAUAAAAGAACAAAUUCAAGAAAUAUUGAGUGGAAGAAAGGAGUCUACGAUAGGAGAUGCCUAUAUUCAUAACUUUUACAGUUAUUCUUCCUCUGGUAAUUUUGUACCAAAAAUUUAUAUGCUAGAUAUAAAGGUACUAUUAUUAAAAUCAUUCGAUGAAUUUGGAGCGUUUACUCCACCUUCAGAUAUAGUAUUUGCAAAACCAAAAAUUUUGGAAACUUUUAGCAACUUUUCCUUUUCUGUUAUAUUUGAAUUAGAGUCUGAACGUAUUAUUUGGUCACAAAUUAUGCAUCAACUAAAAGAGUAUUUUACAUUAAAUAUGGAUGAUAAUAAACUAUUUGACUAUUGGGAAAAACCUUUAUCAGAUGAAGUACAAGAACGUAUUAACGAAAAACACCAAUUGCUGCAAAAUUGUAAAAACUUAAAUGUAAAAACAUUGUAUCUCUUUAUGGUAGCAACUAGACUAGCACCUUUUUAUACAAAAACUGAAAGUGGUCAACUUAAAACCCACAUGCUUCAGUUACUAACUCAAUUAAAUAUAUACACUAUAAUUUAUAAUACAGAUAAAUCUACGGAAAUAUGUUUUCCGGAAAACUUCAAUGUUUUUAAAUCUAUGGGUGAUAUGCCAAAAGAGUUAUUUGAACAGAAUAUUAACAAAAUUUUUAUAUCGCUUAGAAAAAAGAGUAAGUUGCCCAUAAGUAGUUUGGUUGCGACUAGUGGAAUUGGAGAAUGUAUUUCUACAGAUCAGUUUGUACAGUAUUACAACAAAACCUUAAACAUGAACAACGAAAACUUUGACAAAAAAGAAAUAUAUAUUAAUAGAACCUUAACAAGAUGUACACUAAAUGAAAGCAUAUUACUUGGCUUAAGUAUUCCAUGCUGUAUUAUUUUCAAUUGUCCUAAAAAUUUGGAAUUAGACAAAAUAAACAAUCGUUUAGAGUUAUAUGAUCAAAAUUUAGAUAUUAAUAAAACAAGUAUUCUUUUGGAGUUGAAAAGAGAAGACGAUGGUUUAAUGGUAUAUACCACGACUUUCCGAUCAAACGUUGACACCUUUUGGAUAACGCAUACAUCACCUUACAGUUUUAACUUAUUUAAAAAAAUUGAACCGUCCAUGAAUAGAAAGUUUUGUAUUUUGCAAUACGAGUUUACCAAACAUUAUGUAAGAUACUUCACCCUAUUAAAUUCAACAAUCAAUGUAGAACAUUUUGAAAAAUAUAUAGAGACUGAUCAAAUUACUGACAACACUUUUAUGGACUUUUGCAGACAAACUCCCAUCAAUAUUAUUUGUAAUAAUGCUGGCACGGGAAAAACUAUGCUUCUUAGGUACCUUUUACAAAACUUUCCACCAGAAGAAUAUGUUAUCUAUAUAGAACUUAGUAAAUGGGCAAAACAAAUAAAACUUUUAAAAACUUUUGAAGAUUUUGUUGCGUUUUUAAAGAAAAAUUUUGUAGAAAAUAUACCCACAGGCAUUCACAAAAUGUCUGAAUAUAUUUUGGAUUGGCACAUUAAGAAUAAUCAAUUAGUUUUACUUCUUGACGAUUUGGAGGAAAUACAAGAAACAUCUGUUUUGGAUAUUUUUAAAACGGCGAUAUACCUUGGAUUACGAUUAUCGAUUGUUGCAAGAUCGCAUCAUAAAAAAAGGUACGAAAAUAUUUUUGGAGUAAUUUCAUUUGAGUUAACUGAGUUCACGGCUAAAGACCAAGAUAGCUUUUUUGUGAAUUUUUUUAGGGAGUAUAAAAUUAAAGAUGCCUCCAAAAGGUUAGAUGAUAUUAAAAGCAAUGUUAGUCUAUUUGAAACGUCAAAUAUUGGAUUAUGCCAACAAACUAUGAUGCUUGCCAAAAUCUUUGAAGAUAACAAAGACGCUCAAGUAAAAUCUACAAUUGAUUUGUAUGAACAAUAUAUCAAUACCGUUUUAAAGAAAUUAACUAAUCUAGAGCCUCAAUUCGUGUAUGAUACUGUUUGCAAAUUAGCAUUAGCAAAUAUUUUUACAGAACGUAUAGUGAAAAAAGCAAUUGAGUGGAGAGAAUUUAUAGUGUAUGUUAAAAUGUUAGACAAAGAAAACAUGAGGAAUUUACUUACAGAGUCUUACGAAGGGUCCCUUCCAGUAUUCAGCCACAAAACUUACGCUGAGUUUCUAGCUGCAAAGUGGCUAAGCGAGCAUUUUAAUCAGAAUACGCGGUUUGAUGUUAAAAUCAUUUAUAAAAAUUUAUAUACAGAGCAAUUGGUAACGGCAAGAUGGUUCCUUGAUACGAUGUUAAUAAAAAAUUUAAACCAUACUAAAAAUAUUCAGUUACCUACCAUUGGUUGUUGCACGUAUUUGUCCGAUAAUAUUGGACGAAAUCAGAUACAUUAUACCAUGAGCUACGGGAAGACAUUUGAUAUUCACACUCAAAUUGAAAAUCCAGAACAAACUACUAUUAUUCGCCGAAGUAAUGAACUGCUUUUAAAGGUAUCCCAAUCAGAACCAACCAAGCUUAAUCAAGAUGAGCCAGAUAUAAAUCUUUCUGCUAACAAUUUACUUGGAGUUUCUAAUAAAAGCUACGAUAUAAACCUAUAUGUUGGCCUUAACCAGUUUCAUAAUACAACAACAUACUUCAGUGAUGAAGAGCCUGUAAAAUUUGUCCUGUAUUUUGACAUCAACAACGUUAAUUCUUCUAACAUAUCUACUAUUUACAAAUUGUUGUUCAAUGAAUGUGAUGAUCUUCUUGGAAAAUCCGCAGUGGAAUAUGCAAUUUUGGCAGGAACUUUAAUAAAUAUCGAAAAAGUGCUAGGUUACAAUAUCGUAUAUACCACAGUUGAUUUUUCCAAUCUAGGCGACGAAAAGUAUUUCAUGUUAUAUUAUUCUGCAAUAAAUGGAUUCAGUAGGAUAAUUAAAAAGCUUCUGACCAUAGACAAUCUUAAGAAUGAUGUAAUAAUGAUAAAAGACUAUUAUACAGAGAUGAGUUUACUACACUUAGCAAUCAAAUAUGGACAAAUGGAAUGUGUUAGGGAAUUUAUUAGUGUUUAUCCAGCGCAUAAGUUUGGGGAAGAUAACGACAAAAAUACGGCACUACAUUUAGCAGCUGAGCAGGCGGAUACUACUAUCUUACGACAAAUUUUAGAAAGCUCACCUCAUACUGUGAACAAUAAAAAUAAAAAUGGUCAAAACGCUUUAUACUGUGCUGUGCAAGCACAGAACAUAGCAGCUGUAGAGAUACUUACAAAACUAGAAGAUAUCGAAAUCGACUGUACUGACAACGAAACAGGAAAUUCCCCAUUCAGUAUAAGUGUUUUAAAUAGGUGUGAGAAAAUAAUGACAAUUCUUUAUGAACAUGGUGCCAACAUAAAUCAUCCUAAUAUUAAAGGAACCACACCCUUACAUUUAGCUGUUAGAGAGAAGAAUGAACAAUUUCUUAACUUAUUGAUUAAUUUAAAUGCAGAGGUAAAUACAACCAAUGAAUAUAAUCUAUCACCGUUAAUGGAUGCUGCCAAAAGACAAUUACCAUUGGUAAAAAUUUUGAUCAAAAAUGACGCUAAUGUUCAACAUAUCGAUCAAAAUGGUUGGACCGUUUUACACCAUGCAGUUAAAUCUAAUAAUACACUAAUAGUAACAUCUAUACUAGAAAAUAAAGUUGAAAUUGAUACUCCUAACAACGAAGGCGAUACAGCUCUAAUGAUAGCAUGCAAGAGUAAUCUUCCUAAAAUGUUUGAACACCUGGUGAUGAAUAAAGCUGACAUUCACAAAUUUAAUAAAAACAAAAUGAGUGUCUUACAUCAUGCCGUAAAAGGUAACAGUAUUCAAAUUGUAAAAUAUUUACUUGAGAUGAAAGUAGAUAUUAAUGCAACAGAUUCUAACGAUCGUACAGCUCUAAUGCUAGCUUGUUUUAACAACUUUGUCGAUAUUGUUAGGUUAUUAGUAAAAUAUAAUGCAAAUAUUCAAUAUACUUCAAAAGACUGGAAAUGUAGUGCUUUAGAUAUAUGUAAGAGGAAGGACCAUUGGGAAUGUUGCAAAAUCCUCAAUGAGGAAUUGAUCAAAAGAAAUUAAAUUAGUUAAAUUAAUUAAGUUAAUUAUUGAUUAAGGAACAACGUAAAUAUGCAACAAAAGUAGUUGAUUUUAAAGUAUUUACAUAAAUUAUCAAAUGUUAACUUUGUUAUUUUAUAAUUUCUUUGGUCUUAAAACAAACUUACUUGGAGACCAAUAUUGAUUUGUAGCAAAAUGUAUUUGUGAAUACUUAAUACUUAAUACACAAAGCGCCAAAAUUAACGCACCACCUUAAAAAUGGGACAUUUUUAAUAUCUCAUAUUGCCUAAACCUGUGGUCCAAUUUUAGUCUUCUUCUUCUUCUUAUACUUGUUGUAGAUCUGUCGAUCUGUUAAUUCCGACGUUGAAGUAUUUCUUGAGAGGUAGACUUCCAGCUAUCUCUCCAUAUUUUUGGUGGUCUCCCCGGUGGACACUUGCCUGCUGGUUUUCCUUCUAGAGCAAUUCUUGGUAGUCUGUGCUCCUCCAUUCUUUUUACAUGACUCAACCAUUCUCUUCGUCUUUGCCUGCCCCAUCUGACUACAUCUUGCACGCCACAUUGUUCCCUGAUGAUGUUGUUUCUUAUUCUAUCUCUUCUUGUCUUCCCUGCUAUUGCUCUUAGUGUCUUUACUUCGACUGUUCGUAGCAUGCUUUUGGUCUUAUUUGUGUCUUCUCUUGAUUCAAUGCCAUAGGUCAUAACAUGUCUGAUGCAAGUUUUACAAAUUAUAACUUUGCUGUCCAUUUUCAUAUAUGGGUUAUUCCAGACCACAUCUCUCAAACAUCCGGAUAAGACAGCGGCCUUGUUAAUUUGUCCUCUUAGGUCUCUGACUGGGUUAUGAUAACUUGAUAACUCUACGCCUAAAUAUUUGAACUGGUUUAGCUGUUCUAUGGGUUUCCCCUCUACCACUAGCUUGCAUCUAAUUGGUUGCGAUUUUAGUGAUUUUUUUAAUAUGUUAUAGCUCUAUUCUUCAGAAAUAUCGACGUUAUAAUAUUGUUGCUAAACAGGUAUGUCUCGUUGUAUACCGGGUGUAAAAAUGAUAGUGUGUUUUAUCCUCAAAGUUUGGAACACCCUGUGGAAUAUUCUAGCGUAUAUAAAAUAUUAAAAUUACAACUCAACUGUAGCCUUAGGCUAUUUUUAAAUUUUGCUUCUUGAUUCAUUCGCUUAUGUUGGAGAAUAAAAAGUUUGAUACUUUAAUAACUAGCAACAUUCUUCAUCAAUACAGGGUGUUUCUAAAUAAGUGCGACAAACUUUAAGGGGUAAUUCUGCAUGAAAAAAUAAUGACCGUUUGCUGUAUAAAUGUAUAAAUGUGUCCGCAAAUGCUUCGUUUCCGAGAUACGGGAUGUAGAAAUUUUUCUUACAAACUGACGAUUUAUUUAUUGAUCUAAAACCGGUUAAGAUAUGCAAAUGGAAUUUGGUAGGUUUUAAGAGGUAGUUAUUGCGCAUUUUUUGGCAUACAAUUAAGAAUUUUAUAUUCACCAUUGGCGUGCAUACGGGUAAUAUGACCGGGUAAUAUGACCUAGAGAUGCAUCAAGUCAAACUAGUUUGAUUUUAUUCAACAAACUUGACUUGACUUGAAAAUCAAACUUUUGUUGUAAAAAAGUUUGACUUGACUUGAUUUCGAUAUCUUUAGGUUUGACUUGAAAUCAAACUUCUUCAAACAGUUUGAAGUUUGAAUAUCAUAUUGGCAACUUAUUUAUUUCCAAUUCUAAUUGAGAGCGUACGGAUUUUGUUGUGACUUAUUUGGAUAGGUCUGAAUCUGUAUUCUGCUAGUCCGCAAAUUAGUUUGUAGUUCAUAUUUAGACGUCCAUAUUUGGCUUGUUUAUUACAUUCGUUUUGAUGUGUGUGGCUUUGGGAGAUAAUAUCUGAACUUGGAUAUUUUUCGGUUCAGAAUAAGUACCAGAACAAAUUAAAGAAGACGAAGAAGAAGAAGAAGAAGAAGGAGAAGAAGAAGACAAAUUGAGUCUGAAGGUAUUUUCACUGCAAAAAUUAAGAGAAACAACCUGUAGUCGAAGCAGUAUUAAUUAAGAAAAAUAAAUAUACUGAUUUAUUUGAUGUUGUGGCAGGUGAUUUCAAAACAAUGAAAAUUGCAAAGUGCAUACAUUCUUCUAUUAUGUAAAAAUAAAGAACAGCGUUAUAAAAUCACAAACAGUGAACUAAUUCUUUAAAAGGACAGCGUCAUGCAUAACUCGACCAAGCGCCAUUUCUUUACAAUCGAGAUAACAGCGGAUUCUGGUGACACAUAGCUAAAACUAUCUUGGAAAAAUCCCUGUUAUUGUCACGUUAACGGUUACUAAGAAAAACAAAAAUAAACCAAGCGACAUUCUGUCUAUUAAGGGUUUUUAGUUUUGCAUAAUAAGACUAUAUUCAUAACUGCCAUUCUUACCUGCCAUUCAUAACUGCCAUAUAUCCAUAACUGCUAUUCAUAACAGUUUCGUAAUUGUAGAGUAAGCAAGCGCCGACUUUGGUCUGUUUAUGCUAAACUAAGCGUUUGGCCAGAAUAACAGUUUUGUCCCUAUUAAUGUACACAUACACAUUAAUUUUAAAGUUGCCGUCAAAAAAUGAUGGAAUUUUUUUAAAGUGAAAAUGUUGUGUUUAUUUAUAAUUAAAUUGAAAAAUACAAAUAAUCUAUAUAAAAUCUUUAUAUUAUGUCUAACGUGCUAUGUACUAAGAAUAUAGUAUAAGUCAUAAAAUGGACCUUUCGGGAUUCUUCUAUAUUUUGAAUGUUUAUUAAUCAUUUCUGUACUAAGAGUAUAAAUCAAUAGCCUGUUUUUCAUGUAUAAAUAUUGAUUUUAUUCCAACAGUACAACUUUUAAUUUCAAAAGUCUGCUUUGUAGGGUGCAGGUCAACUUAUACUGUUAGUACCUACUGCUUUCACUUGCAGCUUGACUUUAGUACACACCACAUGUUACGAGAUUCUGGGGCGUUUGUAUUGAAAAAAUGUAGAUAAUCCAAAUUUGACCAUAAAAUUUCAAGGAAUUAACAUGCUUAAAAAGGGGUUGGUAAGAAAACAGAUUUUUGAGGUUCUUUGUUUCCUUCCUUUUUAACUUUCCUAAACCUUUUUUUAUGACUUUCGUUCUGUGAACGGCAGAAGAACCGUCACGAAGACGGUGCUGGUGUUUAUUGUUAUCGGUUAUAAAAGCAGAAAAUUAUGAAAAUAUGUAGCUAGAUCCCAUUUAAACCAAAAACUGUUCAUUUAGUAUUUUUUUAUUUAAUUUUUUUGUGCGCGCUUAAAAUAGUUUACUGUGAAAGUGUCAGUGUUCUAUUGUACAUUCUAUUGUUAAGCCAAUAACAUGCAUGCGUGAGCCACCAAAAAGUUAUGGGUAAAAACCCUUUAAAAGGUAUAGUUUACACUCAAUUUUCAAUAUGUGAUGUUCAUCCCUCUCAUAUCACAUCCACGUGGGUUAGAGUCCUGUGUUGCCCUGGGUAAUAUUCAGGAAUACUUGCAACAUCCAACUAUUUUAAACAUAAUAUGUAGUAUAAUAUAAGAUCUUAUACCUUUUAAAGGGUUUUUACCCAUAACUUUUGGUGGCUCACGCAUGCCAGUUAUUGGCUUAACACUGAUGAUGGAUUACUUGUUAAUCCGAAAACGUUUUGUUUUGUGAUGUAACCCUUAUUAGGGUCUUUUAAAUAUACCUUUUACGAAGGAUUCUGUAUUUUUUUUUGAUUUAUGCUAUACAACAAGCUACAGGAAUUUUAUUUUCCUCGUGGAUUGUUAAAAAAGUAUAUCUACGAAAUAAAUUAUUUUUCAAACUCUUUCAAACUAGUUUGACAAACAGUUUGAAUUUUCAAACCUGUGCGAUUGACCAGUUUGACUUGACUUGAAUUAUUUGUCAGAAGGAUUGACUUGAGUUUGACUUGAAAUUAAGUCAAACUCAAGUCAAGUUCAAACAUUCAAGUCAAACUUGUGCAACUCUAAUAUGACCCGUAUGCAAGCCAAUGGUGAAUAUAAAAUUCUUAAUUGUACGUCAAAAACUGCGUAAUAACAACCUCUUAAAAUCUACUAAAUUUCAUUUGCAUAUCUCAACCGGUUUUAGAGCAAUAAAUAAAUCGUCAGUUUGUAAUAAAAAAAUCAUCAUCCCGUAUCUCGUAAACGAAGCAUUUGAGGACAUAUGUUUAUAAACAAACUGUCAUUAUUUUUUCAUGCAAAAUUAUACUCCUUAAAGUUAGGUGCACUUAUUUAGAACUACCCUCUAUUGAUGAACAACAUGUCUAGUUGUUAAAGUACCUAACUCUUUUUAUUAUCCAACAUAAGCCAAUGAAUCAAAAAGCAAAAUGUUAAUAAAAUAGCCUAAGGUUACAGUCGGGUUAUAAUUUCAAUAUUUUAUAUACGCUAGAAUAUUCCUCAGGGUGUUCCAAAGUUUAAGGAUAAAACACACUAUCAUUGUUACACCCGGUAUACAAUGACACUUAUCUGUUUAGCAACAAUAUUAUUACAUCGAUAUUCUUAAAGAAUAAAUCUAUAAUAUAUUAAAAGAAUCACUAAAAUCGGACAACAGGUUUAGGAAAUAUGAGACAUUAAAAAUGUCCCGUUUUUAAGGUGGUGCGUUAAUUUUGGCGCUUAGUGUAUUUAAAUACUUAGUAAAUAAAACUACACUUGCGAGAAAAAAAAUCGACUCAAAAGUAAAGUAAGUUAUAUUUUUUGACAACGCUAUUUGGCAAGUAUCUAUCCACAUAUAAGUGGAAGUAAGUUACUGAAGAACAUAACAAAGAUAACUUAAUAUUGUAUGUGAGAAAACAUGUUAUGAAUGAAAGUCAUUAUGUAAUGAACAUAAAAAUAUAUUAACAUAAAAAUCAAAAUAUAUAUAUAGAGUAUUUCCUCCUCUGCGUUAUGUUACAUUUUCCAUGCGAGAUCUUAAGGACCAUUAAGUUUCUGACUGAUUGCUGAAGAGUCGCUUCCCACUAUUUAUCUAAUGCAUAUUUUAGCUCCGCCACUAUCGCUGGUGCUGGAUUAUGAACCCGAACCUUCGGUUUGAGCUUAUCCUGUAUGUGUUCGAUGGGACUCAUGUCCGGACUCAAUGGAGGCCAGUCUAUUGUUGUUAUAUUGGUGUUGGCCAGGUAAUCGUUCAUAAACCGCGCUGCGUGACAUCGAGCGUUAUCAGGCAUUAGCAUGAAGCCGACGCCUAUGUAGCCGACAUAAGAAAAAACAUGGUCUUAGAGAAUACCCGUAAUGUAAUGAUCCGCUGUCAAACUCCCCCCGCGGCCACCACUGGGCACGAACACAAGCUCUGUUUUUCUUAUUAAGAUACACCCCAAACCAUACACGAACCACCUCCAUAGCUCACGGUUUUGACACUACAGCACUGGGCAAAUGAUUCUCCGGGCCUUUGAUAGACACGCCAUCUUCUGUCAUUUCUUUACAAGCACAUUCGACUCUCAUCAGAGAAAAAAACUCUGCUCCAUUGGCCAAGGUCCCUCUAGCAUUCCUCAAGGAUUGUUGGAGCUCAACGCCUGUUAAUCCGGUCAACUUAGACAUCAAAAUGCUUGGCAAAUAACAAAAAUUGCCGGAGAGCCAAAUUUUGGUGGAGAGCUAGGGCAUACCAUAACAAAUAAAGUUUAAAAAGUCCUUAUCGAUCCCAUGUGUGCGUCAAAAGUUAUUCGGGGUCAAAGGUCAAAAUUUGAGAUUUUUUGGAUUUUUUUCGAAAACGGUAAGUUUUAUCAAAAAAAACCCUCAACCCAAAGUUGUAGAUCUUAACAUUCUCUACAAAAAUUGUUCUUACAAUUUUUUCCUAGGAGUUACCAUUCCUGAGAUAUCGCGAUUUUAAAAGUUACUUUAUACAUUAUAUGCACAUAUAAGCCACGUAUACAUAUGUGGCCCUUAAGACAAGUAUAAAUGCCUAUUUGUGUCUCUUUUAUAUAGUAUAUUAUACUAUUCUGAAAAUAUUUCUUCAAAAGGUAAUCAGUCCCAAACUGAAUUUCCUCUAUCCACGUGGCCUUGAAAAACAUUUGGCUAUAGGUACCAUUGUUUAAAAAAAACAGAUUGUCUAUUAUAGGCAAUGGCUACAGUAUUGUCCGUAGGUCUGGUUCAUAAUAUUAUCUGUUUCUCUGGCCUAAGUGUGAUAAGUAAAUGGGUUUACGGAAUGCAUGCAAUGAAUACUGUGUGUGAGGGGUUGCAAGUUCUUGCUAAUGUUCGAAUGGACACAACAGAUCAGCAUGUAGAUGCAAGUGACUCGCGGCUCAUAAAAGAUGCUAAAGAUAUUAAAAAACUUCUAGACUGGUUUUUAUCACAUGAUCCUUUUCCUAAAAUUAAUAAAAUCAUAUCUAUUGCUUCUGGAGUUGUUGGUGAUGAUAAGAUUAAUUGCCAUAAAGCUCGUGAAGUUGGGGUUGCUUCAAUGGCUAAAAUGACAGGUGAAAUAUUUAAUAAUAUAAAAUUAAAACGCUCUGAAAAAGUACUCCCUCUUUUAGCUGCGAGUAGCACCGUGAAAGUUCACGAAGAAGAAGUAGCUAUAGAUCCUGUAUUAUUAUUUCAACGCAUGAGUAUCACUGAAGCUUUUGAGGAUGAGAUUGAAAAAUUUUUUGAGUAUGAAUUAGCUCCUUACCCCUUAUCACUUUUCGAUGCAGCUGGAAUGCGUAAAACAACAAAGUCAGAAUUAUGAUUGAGAAAGCAAAUUUAUGAUUGCUUUGAAUCAGUCAAUACUGAGGUUGAUCGUAGAAACGCUACUUACACUAUUGAUGGAGGGUACCUACUACAUCACGUUGUGUGGGAUCGAGAAGAAACCUUUAGCGUUAUUUUUGAUAAAUAUGUUCAGUAUCUACGCAGACAUUACGGGCUUACAGUGACAGUGGUAUUUGACGGCUACAAUGACUUGACAAAGAAUAUUAAAGCUGCAGAACAACGUCGUCGAACUACAAAAACAUCAUCGGGUUCCGAGAUUAUCUUUGAUGAAAAUAUAACAGUUCCAGCGAAUCAACAACAAUUUUUCGCCAAUAUUAAUAAUAAAUCUCGUUUCAUUUCCAUGUUAACUGACAAAUUAACAGCUGCGAAUAUUGAAGUGAAGCAAGUUAAAAAUGACGCAGAUGUCCUUAUAAUUGAGACAGCAAUUGAAAAAUUUAAGGCAACAAACACAACAAUUGUAGUUGGUGAAGAUGUUGAUUUGUUGAUACUGAUUACUGCAAGGACUCCAGUAGAUAAAGUUAUUUAUUUUCUGAAACCUGGAAGGGCUCAACAGCGAACAGAGAUAUAUUCUUCGAAUAGUUUAUCGGCUUAUCCCAAAUGCCAAAAGUACGUUUUAUUUUUACAUGCGAUAACUGGCUGCGACACUACGUCCGCAAUGUACAGAAGGGGCAAAACGUCAGUACUUAAAUUAUUCGAAAAAAAAAAGAUUUGACUGACUGCUGUAAAGUUUUUAUAGAACUUGAUUCUACACCGCAAACAAUAAUUACGGAAGGAAUUCGCUUUCUUCUUGCGGUUUAUGGAGCUCCAAAAAAAUUAUUUGUCUUGAUAAAUACCGAUACUUAACUUUUGUAAAAAAUACGCGAAACAAAAAACAAGUACAACUAUAAUGGCUUCCUCCAACAUCAGCAUAUGCUUUUCAACAUUUGUAUCGAGUAUAUUAUCAAGUUCAAACAUGGCUAGGCAAUGAACUGAAUCCAGAAGACUGGGGUUGGAAAUUAAUAGAUAAUACUCUGGAACCGAUUAAAACCUUACUCCCACCUGCUCCAGAAAAACUCCUUAACACUAUUUUUUGGAAUUGCAAAAAAGGUUGCAGUGCCAAAUGUGGAUGUAAAAAAGUCGGGUUGCUGUGUUCUCUAGUGUGUACCAACUGCCAAGGUCAGUCUUGCUCAAAUGUCCAGUUUAGUACAACAGAGGAAGACUCCUGUGAUUUUAAUGAAGAGACCAAUGAUUCAGUCACAUUUGAACAAUUUUUGAACAUCCAGCAAGAGGAAGAGGAAGAAGAUGAAAUCGAAGAAUACUUGACUGUUGAAGUAGACUUUCAAGAAUAUGAAUCUGAUUAAAAUAUCUAAAGAAAUCAAAACAAUAGUUAACCUAAUAAUCAAUAGCAAUAUCAAUAAUCAAUAUCAAUAAUAAGGUAAUAUCUAGAACUUGACCGGUAUUGUUUCCUUAAAUUAUCCUAAAAUUGUCAAAACAGUUAGUGGAGUAGGCCUACAGGGGAAACCAAGGUAAAAAAAAACGCGCCGAGUACACUACCUCACAGGUGGUGUGGAAACGUGUGCAUAUCAUGUAUAAUGUGACUCUUUGAAUCGCGAUAUCUCAGGAAUGGCAACUUUUAGGAAAAAAUAGUAAGGACUAUUUUUGUAGAGAAUUUUAAGAUCUACAACUUUGGUUUAAGGUUUUUUUUGAUAAAACUUACCGUUUUCGAAAAAAAUCCAAAAAAUCUCAAAUUUUGACCUUUGACCCCCAAUAACUUUUGACGCACACAUGGGAUCGAUGGGGACUUUUUAAACUUUAUUUGUUAUGGUAUAGCCUAGCUCUCCACCAAAAUUUGGCUCUCCGGCAAUUUCUGUUAUUUGAAAUGUCUAUAUAGACCGGGUUAUGUCUCGUGCCGAUUCCGCAAGCAGUUCAGGAGAAUGAAUCAAUCAUCCCUCUCUGUCAUUGAACUUCUUCGAUCCAAACUUGGUCGUCUACUGUAGUUACUGUUACCGGUCUCCUGGUAUCGACGGUAAGCCUGUGAGACACGUUUCCACAAUUUUACAACAAGUUGCCAAUUUGCGAAAGACAAUUAUAUUUUGGAAGCUCUAUGAUAGACAAUAUUUUUUGUAUUAGUUGUUUUAAUUCAAAGAACGCAACAUGAAAUAACUAAGCAUAAACUACAAUUCAUUGAGUCAGUCGAUUUUUUUGCUCGCAAGUGUAGUAGAAUACGUAAAUGGCUCUCAUGAUCCAUUAAACGAGGAAAGUACAUAAAUAAAAUAGUUAGUUGUAUUUCUUAAAAUGUAACAUAGGUUUAUCUUUGCUAGUGGGGUUAAAAAAUUAUUUGUAAUAAUUGAUCUCUUUCUACCAAGUCAAUUUUGUCACAGUAAUAAUGGCAAGAGGGAAUUCAUUAAGAGGCAACAGUAGCAAUCAACAGGUAGCAACAAACGCGGUCCAAGAUUGCGGCUGUAAUUUUGAAUAUUUUGUAGAGAUAUUUGGCACACAUAUUCGUAAAAUAUAAUAAAGGAUGGUGGUACAGAGGCCAAUUUGACAAAUAUAUUAGUAUGUGGAAAUUACUCUGUAAUUAAAUACAAUAUUAAAAAAACGAGCCUGUACCGCCCUUGGCACACGAAAUAGAUAAUAACACCCAUUACUUUACCCGUGAGUAAUGGUUCAUUACUCACUGGCUGAAGUUACUCACGGGUUGAAGUUAGAUUCAAGUGUUGCAUGGCACUUUUAAUAUACCUACUAGCAAAUAAAAUUACUUAAACUUGUUUAUUUAAUAAAAUAAUCUAGGGGAGUGCAUAUAGAUUUUCACUUCGGAAAAAAUCAAACCAGAUAGAACUUUUGUAAUUUUAUUAAGAAAUGUUUAACAAACAACAUCAAAAAGUUCUAUUCGAGAAGUGGGUGCUUCAUUUUUUAUUAAACAAAUGAACUACGAAAUUAGAUGUUUUUUUUAAAUAACUCCGAAAAUAUAAAUUUUAGAAAAAUUGAUGACUUGACCAUUGAAAAACUCAGAAAAUUUUACAAAAAAAAAACUUUUACAAAGAAUUCUCUAAAAUUAAAUCUGUACCUUCUAUAAUUUUUUAUUUAUAACGUCAAAGUCACCCUUCUCACAAACAUUGGCUCACUGUAAACUAGCGUUCGGCAAAGUGUACGGUUGAGUUAUUUUAAUGUAUUUCUUUAACUAAUGGAUCAAAUAAAGUUUUACAAAUUGAACAUGAAACAGAAAAAUUAAGCUAUCUUAUGGUUAUUAUAGAAAGAAAUAAAAUGUAUGGACAUAAGUAUGGUGUGGGCGGACGGUGAGCCUUACAUAAAUUUUGUUUAAAAAUGAUUUAUAAAUGUGUAACUAAUACAAUUUUUCUUAUAAAACUCUCAAUUUUGCACAACUUACCUUUUAACCAUCUUACUAAAUGAUGUUUCACUCAAAAAAAAAUCUCAAAAAUUUAAUUCAAAUGAUGACAUCUCAAAAAAUGUAAUUUUUUAAAUCUUCGUAGUUUUAUAGAAUUACCACCAAUUUAAGACGGUAUUACUCAAGUUUAAACAGAUUUAUUACAGUUUUAUAGGUGCUUUUUAAAGGUUAGGGUGUAAUCUUUAAAAUGCACUAAAUUAUUUUACUUUAGAAAUAAAAUAAACUAUUUCUUUUUAAGAAAAUUAAGAAAAAUAACAAACAUGUAAUACAAAAACCGAAAAUUACCAGCUUAAAAAAAAGGUUAUACUAAGUGAUCAAAACUUUUUUCGGUAAAACUUACCUAAAAUACAUUUAAUAAUAAGCUUCAACAAUAAUAAUUGUUAAGCAAAAAAUUUUUUUAACUCUAUAUAGUUAGUAUGUCUGCGUAACUUGGAACCUAUUGACAACUUUUUUAUUAUCAGUUUUACGAAAAAAAGUUAUCCUUUAUAAAAUACUCUGCAUCAUAUAUAAUCUAAGAUGCAAUCUACAAGUAUCAAAUUUAAUUAGUGUUAUACGAGGUAUGUCAAAAAAUAUGAAUUUCCCUCAAGAGUAAAGUAGGUACCUUUACAUUUCACAAUAUCGAAAAUUGUUAUUAAGAAAAGUUGUUUGGAAUUAAAAAAAAAUGUUUUAGUGUUUAAUUACAUCCUUCUAAUUAAAAUAUUGUGAAUAACAAAGGCACUUAACUCUUAAGAAACAUUCAUAUUUUUUACAUACCUCGUAUAAAAUUAAAAAAGUUUGAUAUCUGAUGGUUGUAUAUUAGUUUUUGGACCAGGAAAAGAAUUUUAUGAAGAAUAACUUUUUCUCGUAAAGGUGAUAAUAAAAUAGUUAUUAUAAUUGUAAUAAAAUGAUGAUGACUACCUUUCCGUAAUUUGAGCAAAAAUUGAAUUUUUUUCGAUUAGAAUGAUGUAAUUGUAUAUUUAGACAUAUUUUCUAAUUUAUGACAACUUUUCAUAAUAGCAUUUUUUGAUAUUCUGGAACAAAAAGGUACUUUACUCUUUAACGAAAUUCAUAUUUUUGACAUAACUCGUAUAAAAUUGAUAAAAUUUGAUAUCUGAUGGUUGAGUUUUAGAUUUUUGACUAUCCAGAGCAUUUUAUUAAGAAUAACUUUUUUUCGUAACAUUUAUAAUAAAAAAGUUUUCUAUGUGGUUGCUAGCUACGCAGACACACUCUGUAAGAGCUUCUGUAUAAGAAUUUUCAAAUUGCAAUGCCAUAUUCUUAAAAAGAUAUUUUUAAAAUUAUUUAUACAAAAAAAUUGUUAUUGUUUAAAUAACUAAUAAACAAUUAGCGGCCAAAUCUGCGAGUAGAACUUUUUAUUUUAACAUGUAUAUAAACUAAUAAAAAAAGUUUUAGAAACAUAUAAUAGGUCUGGAUCCCGCGUAUGAAAAAAAAGUUGAUUAAUAGCAAGCUGAAAAUUUGUUAAUAGCUUAAGGGUGUCUAGUCGGAUAAACUUUGAUAUAUGGGAACACUGUAACAGGGGCAGUUUUAAUUGUGGAACAGGUUAAAAAUUUGGAACGGUCAGAACACGAAAAUGGCACAUUUAUUUUGUCCGACAGAACAGACAUAAACUCUCCGAACAGAGAUUAAACUCUCAUGCAAAAAUCAGACUGCUAUUUAUCACCUGUCAUAAUUCCUGUCAUUUGACAUAUUCUACAUGUUCCACUCAUUAAAACGCCAAUUUGGUGAUAAAUAGCAGUCUGAUUUUUGCAUGGGAGUUUAAUCUCUGUUCGGAGAGUUUAAGUCUGUUCUGUCGGACAAAAUACAUGUGCCGUUUUCGUGGUCUGACCGUUCCAAAUUUUUAACCUGUUCCACAGUUAAAACUUCCCCUGUUCCAGUGUUCCCAUAUAUUAAUGUUUGUCCGACUAGACACCCUUAACCUAAUAACAAAUUUUCAGCUUGCUAUUAAUCAACUUCUUUUUCAUACGCGGGAUCCAGACCUAUAAGCUUGUUUGAAUUAUUCCGAAACAAUGCAUGUUUUCGUUCUAAUUGCACUCCCCUAAUCAUUGUAAUUUAUAUCAACAAUUAAAUUCGAAAAAUGUUUAAAUGUUUAACGGAUUUUUAAUGUAACAAUGGGUUAGUAUAUUUUUUACGUUUAAAUUUCAACAUUUGACAUUUUAAGAUUAACGUUAAUAAAAGGUAAAUAUAAACAAUCGCUAUUAAUUCCGUAAAAGGGCUUACGGAUAUGAAAUUUAUAUCAAUGAAUUAUGUUUUACUUACUGUUGAUUGUACAAUAAAUUUUUAUUGAGACCACACGUUAUUUUUCGUGUAAUUGCCUUAAAAUGUGUCUUAUUUUUAACAGCCACCGCCAUUAAAUGAGACUAAUGUCAACUGUUUCAUUGUUUCAUAAGCUUAAAGAGAGUAAUUCUAACAGUGUUGCAUUAGUUAUAUAAAAUAUGUUUUCUUAUGAAAGUGCAUCUUUUUGUUUUUCUUAAUGGCAUGGUAACUAUUUGGAAUUAGCCGGUUUUGUCACUUUGUUUGAUCUAAUGUGUUAAAUAAAUAUACUAUAGAGUGUAUUCAUUAUUAACAUUUUCAUUAUUAUCUCAUAUUUGUGUUUAAUUGCUUAAUUUGAUUUUUAUUGUAGAUAUUGUCAAAAAAAAAAAACUACUGGUUUGUGGCGAAUAAAAAAAGAAUGCCUAUUUUAUUUUCGUCUAUGUUAUUCAUCAUCUUCUUAUGUUUAUUUAUAUCAUUAUUAUCUUGGGUAGUGAUAAAAAUUAUUCGCUUUAAAAAUUACAGGCUAUUUUAAAUAUGAAUUAAAUAUCGAAGAUACACACUGGUUACUUCUUUCAAUUUAAUUUGAUUGAUUUUUUAAUCAUUUAUAAGAUUUAAAAUAAUAAAAGAUAAAAAGUUGGAGAUUAAAAAAAUAAAAGAAGUUCUCACUGGUAGAGAUUCAAACUCAUUCACGGUCAAUGUAAAAAAUAAAUAGACUCUAAGAGAGCUGCAGUUUUUAGUAACGUCGAUCUAAAGGACUUUAUUAUAACUGUUAUAUGAAUGAAUGUAUAUGUUAUAUGUAUAUGAAAAUAAAAUUGCUGUUUUUAUUA